CCAGCUUCACUAAAACCCAGACAACAGAAGAUCCAACCGUUGAAAUCCAAAUCCCUUCAGUGAAUCUCUAACCCACUGACUGAAGAAGCUUCCCACAAAAUAUCAGCCCGAUCAAGUUCCGUUUGAUCCUCCAAAACCAGUCUUGGAAUAGCCUGACGAGUUUUCUCCUCCUUCUCUCUUCUUUCUCUCUUUUGUCUCUCUCUCUCAACUCUAUUAUUGUGAGUCUACAGUGCAAAGGGUCAUGAGAAUUAUUAUUAUGUCUCAUGCCCACUUGGUUCUCUCCAUCUAGGAGGGACCCAACAGAAGCAUACUACCAAGAAGCUGGUCGAGCUGGAAGAGAUGGGGAAUUGGCUGAGUGCGUGCUCUAUGCUAAUCUAUCGAGAGUACCAACACUUUUGCCGAGCCGUAGGAGCAAAGAACAGACAGAACAAGCUUACAAGAUGCUAUCUGAUUGCUUCAGAUACGGAAUGAACACUUCACAGUGUCGAGCGAAAAUACUCGUGGAGUACUUUGGGGAGGAUUUCACUUCCAAGAAGUGUAACUUAUGCGAUGUUUGCACUAAAGGGCCUCCAGAGCAAGUUAAUGUACGAGAGGAAGCUAAUCUUUUGUUUCAAGUAAUCUCUGCCUUUCACUUGCAGGCAGAGACUAGCUCUGAGCAUGCAUCAUAUGAAGAUUACGGACUCGGCAACAGCAAACAGAAGAAGUUAUCUUACAAACCGAAUCUUUUCUUCUUCAUCAGUAGAAUCAGGGAGCAGUCCCAAAAACUCAUGGAGAUAGAUCGUCUUUGGUGGAAAGGUCUUGCCCGUAUCAUGGAAGCCGAGGGAUACAUCAAAGAGAUGGACAACAAGUCUCGUCGAGUUGAGAUAGCUUUUAUAGAACCAACAGAAAAGGGGAGGAAGCAACUAGCUUUCGAAGAUGACAAGCCACUUUAUGUAUACCCAGAAGCAGACAUGCUGGUUUCAUUGAAACAACGCAGAACAUACAGCGGAUUCUCAUCUUGGGGCAAAGGAUGGGCAGAUCCAGAGAUCAGACGCCAACGGUUAGAGACAAUGAAACGCCCAAGAGAAAGGAAACCACGAAGAGAACGAUCACGUCAACAGCAACGUCCUUUGAAGUUACAGAAGAAUCUUCCAUGGAAAAGCAAAGAAUAAACCUCUCUCAAGUUCGUUCUUCUUUGCUCUCAGUCCCAUGUUCAGGCAGAGACGUCGAGCCAUAGAGAAGCUGAAGCUAGUGAAUGAGGCUUUGGUUGCUGCGGAAGAGAAUGUUGCGAGGCUUCAAGAGCGCCAUGAUGUGAUUCUCAAAGAGAUAUGUUCUUAUUACCUCGUUAACUCCGAGCUACAAGAAGCUUUGGUUGCAGCUCGAGCAGCCGUUGAUGUUGCUUCAGGUUUUGUCAUAGAGCUUAGAAGAUUACAGUUGAAUUUAUUAAACUCACUUUCUUAAUGUAUGUUAAACACACGUAUUAAUGGCGAUUUAAAUA